CUCUAAUCCUCUCGUCCUGAGCCCCCAAAUUCUUAAGGACCGGCCCUGCCUAUACCGCCGCGACUCGGCAGCCUGGCAAGCCUUCAGGUGCUCGCGCUCGCCGGCAACCAGCUCACGGGCGCGAUACCGCCAGAGCUAAGGGGGCUCACGGGGCUCCUGAAGCUGAACCUGAAACUGGGUAACAAUUCGCUGGUGGGCGUCCAUGCGGAACGGGACGAGCUUGUCUGCGGGAAGAUGAAGUGGGACGACUUCGAGGAGCCCAAUAUCUUGCAGAAGGAACUAGUGCCAAUGGUUCACGCUUCACAAUAUUGUAAUGGGGCAGCCAAGCUCAUCUAACAAGAAGCAUCAGUAGCGGGCACAGAUCCUCUGCCCUUGCUAUAGUUAUGACAUCAGUGUGUCUUAGUGAACUUCAAGUGCUACUUUUCAUGAAUGAACAUAAUUAAUUUGGACAAUACCACUUAACUCUUCUCCUUCCUAAGUCUGCGUAAACAUACUUUCUUUCCGUAUUUACUGCCUACAGAUGCAGGAAUAUGAAAUACACUAUUAUUAGUUGAUUUGUCCAAAGGAUUGGUGCUUGGUCUCAGAACGGCCCUCGCCCUUUAACUCAAAAAAUUACUCGUAAUUAAUAUCAUAGCUAUGUAGGAACCCGAGUUAAUCUCUCAGAAACUGAACCAGUAAAUGAACAUUAUGUGUCCUCGAGUUCAUUGGUAAACUGUGCCAAGCAUACGAGGUUGUCAGUUGUGGUCUCUUAACAACAAUAACUGUGAAACAGUUGUGCUAGCUGUGCAUCACACUGAGAUAGCAUGAUCACCUUGGCCAUGAUAAUCAAACAAAGCAAUGAUAAUUUUUAGGUGCCAAAGAUCAUGAUCUAUGAGAUUGUGGAAUUGCUAAGCAGGAGCUAAAUCCCUGGCAAUUUUGUUAUAUUCAAGUGGAAGAGUCACGGACCAGAAGAAUCUUUGGAAUGCUGAGGUCUCAGCUAAAUUAUUAGUUCCAUUCAUUCAAAACAAGCGGUUUAAUGGCAGUACAGCACUAAGGCAUGCUGGUAUUGUUACUACUAAAAUGGCAGAGGAAUAAAAUUCCAUCAGCAACCUACUAGUUAUGUGAAAAUAAUGUCAGCACAUGUAUGCUACAAAUCUUUUUUUUAGGAAACAGGAGGGGUGUGAUCCACUAGUUAUAUAUUAAAUAAAAAGAAAAUUAUUUACAAAGCAAACUAAACAAAAAUUAUAAAAACAUAAUAUUAGUAAAUGUAAUAUGAUCGGUACCUGGGUGUGUGUUGCGUCUCUGUAUGACUCUCUUUUCUACUAUUAAUACAAUGGUACGUAGCUCUCCUGCGUGUUUGAGAAAAAAAAAUUGGUACAUGUAACUAGAAUAAGCACAAAUUUUGGUCAGAGCAGUAAGGCAAUUAAGAACGAGAAAAGAGUAAGGAUUUGGUGCGGCCACAAAUCGUGUUAACACAGAAGUGUUGAAAUUUAACUUGCACUCUUUGCAGUGAAGUAAACACUGUGAGCACUGUGAACACAACCAUGGAAAAGUAGGGGUUUUGAUAUUUCAUACUGAAUAUGACUUUUGAGUCAUGAACAAUGCAUACAGAGUUAGUAGAAAUUUUGCGAUGGGACAGAUCCCAAGCUAUUUAAAGGUAUUAGAGCAUCUCCAGCAAGAUUCCUAAAUAGAGACCCUAUUCACAUUUUAGGAAGGGUUUUUUGUCUACUGGACACUCCAAAAAUGCUGUUUUGUGCACUGCACACUUUACUUGUUGAAAUAGUCUGCAGACCACCGUGAGUUGUAAAUUUUGUGCGCUGCACAUUGGUCCUAUUAAACUACUCAUUUGCAAUCUGGAAGGUGAGAGAAGAUGCUCUAAAAAAGACUAAAAUGCCACUGGCUGUCUAAAAGAGCAUUCCGACUUGUUGAAAUAGUCUUGCCCGAGGCACUCGCACCCACCACAGGAUCGGAGACCAGCCAACUUUUAUGAUUCGUUGCUGACGUAGCACGCGCACGUCACACACUGAGACUAGCAUGAUCCAAGACGCACGGGAAGGAGACGUGCGAACACGAAGCUCCUUUUUGCAGCUUCGCGGCACGCACCCACCGGCGGCGAGGAAGCAACCAGGCUGGGAAGUGGAAACUUUGGCAGAGAAAGGAAAGGCAAUUACAGAGAGGCUAGACUCUUCGGAGGACAUUUCGCUUGAGGAAACGUACAUUCGAUCACGGACGCAAGCACGCUGCCUGCUAUUUACACGCGCGCCAGCCGGAAGAAGCGGAGGAAGGAAGCUGACAACAUUCGAACAACCAAGGUGGGGUGGGAUCGCCCGAUUGCGAAGGGGAAGACGUCACUCCGCAACGACCGCCGCCGACGACCUCACGCGGAGGCUUGGGCUCCGCGGCUGCCGCAGCAUCUCGAUCAGCGAUUCCGUCUGAUGAAAUUGGAAAACGGAUUAGUUUGGCCAUCUCGAUCACGAGGACAGGGAUGCCGCCCUCCUCGACGGCGGCGACGCAGCCCUCGCUGGAGCCCACGAGGGAGUGGAGCACGUACGCGGCCUUGUCCACCAUGCCGGACUCCGGGUUGGCCAUGAGGUCGAGCAGCGGCCGCACGGCGCCGGCCUCGACGGCGCGCCCCGCCGCAGAGUGCGUAGAGCGCGGUGGCGGCGUCCUUCCUCCCGUGCGCGCCGCCGGCCUCGAGGAGCAGGCGCAGGUGGGCGCAGGCGGACGACAGUGCAGUCGCGGCCUCCUUGUGGUACUGUCGCGGACUGGCGGGUGGAGGGGUCGCGGACUCACGGGAGUAGGGCCGGAGGCUCCGCGCGACGGCGGCGAGCUCGCGGCCUCCUCACGGAUGGACGAGCGGGCGGCCGUGGGCGGUGCAGUCGCAGCCUCCUCGCGGGCGAACGGACGGCCGUGGGCGACGCGGUCGCGGGCGGACGGCGGCGCGGUCGCGGGCGGCGCCGUCGCGUACGCGCGCGGCGCCGUCGCGGACGCGCGCGAGCUCCGCGCGAAGGCCGGCGCCGUGGCAGACGCGCGCGGAGGCUGGCCGCCGGCGCCGUGGGGCGGCGCAGUCGCCAGCGAACGCGCGCAUGCUGGCCCCCAGGUCAAGGGCGGCGGCGGCCGUUCCUACGAAAGGAUAAGGCCUCCAAGGAGUCCCAGCGGAGGAGCUAACUGAGUCAUUGAAGCCAGGGCAUUUUAGUCUUUUUAGGUCUCAUUCUCUCACCUCCAAUACUGCAAAUGAGUUGUUUAAUGGAUCCAAUGUGUAGCGUACAAAAUUUAUAACCCAAGGUGUCCUACAGACUAUAUCAAGGAAUAGAGUGUGCAGCGCACAAAUCAACGUUUUGAUAGUGUCAUGUACACAAAAAAAACCCUUUUAGGAACCAAAGCUAAAAAACCAGGUCCAGCAGGGGUUCUAUCCUGGCUCCUAAAUCUUAGCCUCCCCAGCUCCCAUUGUGAGGGGCCAUAGCCCACAGCCCCUAUCCCCAUUAAUCCCCUCCCGCCCUUAUCUUUCCUGCGCGCGCUCCUUCCCGCUCUUCUGUCCGGCGCCCUCCUCCGUGACGCCUCUCCUUCACGGCGCCGCCACGCCUUAUCCACGGCGGUACCCCUCCGCCUCUCCUCCACCGCCGUCUCCCCGGUCGCCGGGCCCGCCUCCCCGGUCGCCGGCCCCGCCUCCCAAGCCGCCGCCGCUACCUAACCUCCUCCUCCACAGCGGAGCCCGCCUCCCAGGCCCUCCUCCGCGACGCCUCUGCUCCACGUCAGCGCCCCUUCACCUUUCCUCCGCCACCGCCGCCUCUCUGAUCGCCAGACCCGACGCCAGCCCUGCCUCCCAAGCCGCCACCGCCUACCCUCCUCCUCCCCGGCAGAACCCGCCUGCAAGGUCCUCCCCUGCGACGCCUCCAUCGGACCCGACGUCUCGGGUGCCGUCCCAGGCGCCAUCCCGGCCUCCUAGACCGCCUUCGCCUGCCCUCCUCCAUGGCCAGACACCGCCUCCCACCUCUCCUCCUCUACCGGCCAAAGGUACUUUUUUUUCCUUUUCUCUUUUGCAUUUCUCAAUGAAUAUAUGUGGAAUUUGACAAUAGCAGUAGAACUCAUGGUACCAUGUCAAUUAAACAAUUGCAGUUAUGCAAAUUGUAGUUUGAUAAUACAAAUUUAUUAUGUUUCCUUUAUGAAUUGUAGUUUCAAAUGGCAAAUGAAGGUGAAUCUUUUUUGAACAUGAUGUCAAAGGAUAAUGAUGUAGAAGCUUUUUCAUUAUCAAUGCCAGUUGAAAACCGUAGUAUUCCAACUGCUGCUCCAAAAGGAGGUUCAGGCCGAAAAAAAAAUCAUAUUCCCACCAAGAGGACAUUCAACUUUGUAUGUCAUGGGACAACAUUAGCUAUUUAAAGGUAUGCGUGUGCAUGGCAGUCAAGAACUGUGACUAAACCUGCAUCAGGCCUUAUUUGAAUUGGGGGGGGGGGGGGGGGUUAGGCAAUCCCUUCCAAUCCAUACGUACGUAUUGAGGGAUGGAUCGAAGGUGGAAACCAAUUCAGUUUGCACUCCAAUUCGUAUGUUCUGGGAAGGAACGGUGCUAUGCAAACAAGCCAGGCCAAGUUCGGGUGAAGCCAGUAACGAAGACUCGGCGGCGAGUCAAAUCGCAAUUGUUCUCUUGAUUUGUUCAUCGCAAUUUCUCUAAAUUGUUUCCAGGCGUGGGCUCUGCGCACCGGUCGUAUUCCACUAGAUCGUAUGCUCCAAUCCACAGUGGGGGUGGCGACUGGGGAGUCACGCUGUGCGGGAGGAACAAGAUGGCGGGGCGCACGUACCAGAUCUCCUUCUGGACGCCGAGCAGCUGGCUCGCCUCGUCGGCGGCGGAGGCCGCCUUGCUGACGGCGCUGGCCACCAGCGUCCGCGCCAUGCUAACCACCGUCAACGCCAUCGGUCGGUCGAUGCCCGGCCGCGGUCGCGACCCGAGCUGUCGACCUCGGAAAAUCGGAAGCACGCGCCAGAAGAGUGCACUGCACCAAGCAAAUAUCUUGCUUCGUGUGAGCGCGUGACACAGUCAAAGAGUGGGAGAAGAACCCGGAACGGCGGAAGGAAAAAGUUUAUUUUAAUUCAAUUUGCUCCUUAUUAAACUACUAUUGUUUAGUUCAACUUAUUCUUUCGUAUAAUUUUUUUUCAUACAUAAUUUUAAUUUUUUUUCUAUAAUUUGCUCUGUCGUAAGUCGCUCUUUUCUUGUACAAUGAAUUUGGAUCACAAUAUAACACUGCUCAAUCGUAUACUUAGUUUAACAUAAUUUUUCAUAA